AUGAUUCUCCCUAAACUCCAAGUGCUUAACCCUAGCCGCCAGCUCAAUCUCCUCACUAUAAGGCGCGACUUUAACCAUGGUCAACAAAACCCUACUGUACCUGUAGCUAAGAAUCUGCUCACAUGUCGCAACCAGAUGAAAACACGGGUGGUCCGGGAAAGUGGGUUCCGGCGAAUCUUCUUCCCUAAGGACAGGGUAGAAGUAAACGAGCCUCCCACCAAUUACAAGCAUUUUGGCCGCAAGAUCGAGCAAAUCGUGCACGCACUCGACAAGGCUGUAAGGAGCCGUGGAAGCAAUCACGUUCAAAAGACAUUAAGUAAUAAUUCCCUAAAUUCGAGGAUAAAAUCUGAAGACCUGUUUAAAAUUGCUCCAGACGUUACAAUCAGGUCCACGACCAUCACGAACUACUCGAAUGUCAAUAUCUGCACCCUGGAUUACCUCAAAUCAGUGAAAGUGUAA